AAAAAUAUUACACAAUGAAGGACCAACGUGCAAAACACAGUUCCAUCCUUAUCCGUUCUACUUUGUCACUUGCCGACCCCUCUGCUUUAUAUAAGCUCGAAAUUUCGCUGACGCGAAAAAAAAUCAACUGAUUCGCUGAAAAACGGAGAAUCGAAAGCGAAUGCUGUCUCCCACCACACUGCGGCCGCUGGUUCCGGCGGCGGCGCCAGCGCACCUUACCGCCUGCUUCUUGCCCGCGUCGGGGCGGCGUGCGCCGGCGGCGGCGGUGCGCGCGGUGCGGAACUACGACUCCAUCCCGAAGCGGGAGCCCUUCACCUCCAACCGCAGCACCCUCGACGAGUUCCUCCGGCUGGACAAGCCGCUCGUCCAGCGUACCAAGGACCAGAUCACAGAAUGUUCUGGUGAACGAGCACAAGAAGAAAAUGUUCUGGUCAGAGUGCUGUCCAUUGUUUCAGAGGCACAAAGCAUUUGCAGCGAUUAUUGCAUGACCGUCGAAGGUGACGAAUGUUGCAGCUGUUGGGAUGCUUACUUUGAACUGAAUAAACUUGAGCGAGAGCUGCCCAAAGAGGAAAUCUCAAGGAUGGUGAAGGACUCAGAGGGUGACGUGAGGUACCUGAUCGAGAGCAUCCAUCAUCGCUCAGAUUUGCGGAAGAAGAUAGCAGAGAAAUCUCGUAAUUCAGUACCAUCAGGCUCCCAGGGGCAAACUGCAAAGCCAAGGCCGUUCCCCGUGCCUGAUGGGAUACCGAAAACACAGGAAGAGCUCACCGAAGAAGAGGAGGCGUUGAUGCCAGAGUCUCCAUACACAAGGUUGCUGAGAAGGAUGGGUAGAUACCCUGAAUGGUACACCCCACGCCCUGAUCAUGAGACUGACUGAAUCAAGUCAUCUACCAUCCAGGUGUCCCUUUUGGAAGUUUUGCAGCAUGAUAAUCUGAAGCUGAAGCUCGUUUUAUGGUAUGUGGUAAUAUUUUAGUGUUGCACCUAUGCUGCUAUGCAGAUUAGACUUGUCCUUUUCUACUUAUUAAUGAAAACCGGUGUGUGCGGUUUAUGCUGUAAAUACCUGGAGUGUUCAGAAUAUGUUUUGUUCGAGGUUCUGUGUACUGAAGUACGGAGUACUAAUGAAUUUCCUUGUACAUAACAUCGAAUAAAAUCACUGGGUUUUACUUUGGUUUCUGGUCA